AUGGCAGAAAGCGCCUUCUUCCCACUGGUCAUCUACUACCAAACACAAUUCUACCGCAGAGGUGAACUCGCCCGCCGACUUGCCGUCUUCUACGCCGCUUCCGACAUCGCCUACGCCUUCGGUAAUCUCCUUGCUUUUGGCAUGUUCCAGCUAGACGGGGGCGUUCUGCCAAGUUGGAAGUACCUAUUCGCUCUGGAAGGGAGCCUGACGAUCUGUGGUGCUGUCGUCGCGUUUCUGUUUCUGCCGUAUAGCGCGGAGAAGGCUACGUUUUUGACGGCUGAGGAGAAACGACUCGCUUUCUACCGUAUUCAGACUGAUUCCUCCGCCGUGGUCGAGGAGAAGUUCAACCUCCGGGAGACACUCAAGAUUCUCAAACAACCCACCAGCUGGGUGAUCCUCGCGAUCCAGAUGUGCUUGAGUAUCCCUCUGCAAUCGGUCUCCCUCUUCCUACCUCAGAUCGUGGGAAGACUGGGCUACAGCACUAUUAAGACGAACCUCUACACAGUCGCACCCAACUGUGCCGGUGCAGUAAUGCUCUUAAUCUUAGCAUACUCCUCCGACUACACCCGCUGGCGCUUCCCCUUCAUCGCUCUGGGUUUUCUCUUCACAUUCUGCGGCUUCAUCAUCUACGCGGCCAUCGACGUCGAGCACAACAUCAACGUCGCAUACUUCGCCUGCUUCAUGGUGACUUGGGGCACAUCAGCACCUUCCGUCAUUCUGGACGUCUGGUAUAACAAUAACAUUGCGGACGAGAAUAGGAGGAUGCUGCUUACGUCUAUCGGAGUACCGACGGCGAAUAUGAUGGGGGUGGUAUCGAGCAACAUUUUCAGGACGCAGGAUGCGCCGGAUUAUAUCCCCGCACUGGCUACCACUGCGGCUUUUGGGGCACUGGGAAUCUUGUUGACGUUAGCGCUCGGAGGAUGGAUGAUUCUUGAAAAUGGAAGGAGGGACCGCAGGCAGGGUGUGAUUGUUAGGGCGCAGGAUGUGCCGACGGAGAGGUUGAAGGAGGGGCCUGAUUGUGAUGAUUUCAGGUGGAUAUACUAA